AAACCACCUCGCCGGUCGCCAUGUCUGAGGACCUCUCCAGCAAGUACAUCCUGCAAACCGCGGGCUUUGAUGCUCGCUUUCCUAACACGAACCAGACGAGGCACUGCUUCCAAAACUACACUGACUACUUCAAAUGCAUUGCUGCAAAGGGCGAAGAGUUCGCGCCCUGCAAGCAGUUUAAGCGUGCAUACAACUCGCUCUGCCCCAAUGAGUGGAUUGCGAAGUGGGAUGAGCAGCGCGAGAAUGGCACUUUCCCCGCAUCUUUAGAACCCUGAGUGCCCUUUGCAUACACGUUCGCGGUGCAAAGGCUGUAGAGUCGGCCGUCAAACUGUCAUAAUGACUGCAAAAUGGCACAUAUUUUAC